AUGCCUCUCGGAGGUUCUGCUGAAUCGAAAGAACAGGCAAAGAAGAAACGCUUAAAGGAACGAUUUCCUGUCCUGGUAGCCACCGAGUUGGCCAGAAUUUACGCAGAAUUUCGAAAAAACCCUAGUGCUGCGACACCUUUCAGGGCGGAUGCACCAUAUUGUAAAGGACCUUACCUACACUUGGUUGAUAUCAAGAUGCACAAGAACGUCCCUGCACAAUCAGUGUACGAGGUGGAGCAACUCGACGACGAAAUGUUGGAUUUUCACUUGAUGGAUGACGACAUGGACAAUGCCGACAUGGAAGAUGAAGUCCGACUCAGUUACCUGGUCCCAUUCCUCUGCCGCACGAACUGCAGUGAUGCAUGCUGCAAAGACGAUAACGAUGAGUUUGAUGAGAUUGAGAAGCUGGUCGAUGCUCCGCCGCCGUCCCUUCUACGGUGGAAGGACGAAGAGAAUCACCCAACUACUUGCCCUUUUUGCCACAAGGUCUUGUUUCUCAAGGAAAACGAUUCCCGCGUCAUACGUAUACCGGAUUCACAAACUGCCAUCCAUGGCACUGAGGCUAGCGAUUGUGCGUCUGCUGAUCAUGGAGAUGGUCAUUCUAUUCAAAGCCACGAAGAUCGUAGUUUGUACACUCGCAACGGAGAUCUGACUUCCAGUGAUGAACACCGGGAUUCCGAUUCCAGCGAAGAUUCAGCUCCCUCGCUCUAA